UUGACGGAGGGAGGGAGGCCGCCCGAGCCGAGUCUCCGUCCUGUUUACAUGAGGAAAUUCGCUCUUCUGGACUGAGAAAUGAGCAUACAGGUGACAUGACAGAGGGCAGCAUGAAGGGGGUUGAGAAUGAGGAGUUUGUGGAGGCCAUGCAUGACUACUCUUACCAAUGGGAGGACCGCACCCUUUCUAUGACAAAGGGAGAAAUUUUCAUGCUCAUCAAACGUGCGUCUCCUGAUUGGUGGCAGGUAAUCAGACACGGAGAACAACGACCUUUCUUUGCACCAAAACAGUACCUCCAGCUAACCACAGUGUCAUACGAACAAAUGAAGCAGGUGUCCAGGCAAGGGCGUCUACAGCAGAAAUCAAAACCAGAAGAGUCUAGUGGUCAAAGUCAUGGUAUGCCACAGAUAUCAAAUGAUAACAUUCCUUCACCAACGUUUACUGAAAUACCCUCAUCCACAACUCCCAAUGCUAGUCAAAGUUAUAUGACAAAGAUAGAACCAAGUAGGGUAACAAAAGAGAGAAAUGAUCCAUAUCCAAGCAGACCAGGUGGUCUGUCCUCCUUCAAAAGUGAAUCCCCAAUUGUUCCUCCAAAAGGGCUACCACACAGGAGUGGCAGCAAUGAGUUACCAUCUCCUACAGCAUAUUCAAGAGGCUUUUCCCAGGGUGGGCAUGAGUCCUCUUCUUCUCACACCUCCAAGUCAAGCCUCAAUGAUAGUAGCAGAUGCAGCAUGGAGUCUCUCACGCAGCUCCAUGCAAGGAAGCAAGCAAUAAAGGCAGCUUCACAUGAUGAGCUUAUGUCUGGGGAAAGGAGUAGAUCUGUGCUUGAUGUGAGCCAGCCAAAGGCAGCUAGCAGCGAAGAGCUUGAUGGACGCUACUAUGGUAGGGAUUUUUUUUUCAAGAGCAAUCAGUUAAGUUACCGUCAUAGAUCUAACUCAGUAGAUUUCAGAUUAUUUCAAAAGGAUCUUGCAUUCAGUGAAAUGAAGCAAGGUUCUUUAGACAAAAGCAGAAAGCCAAGAAUAUCAAAAGACCCUGGGAACAGGAGGAGGUCGUGGGCUGUGGAAGAAAGAUUGCCGGAAAAUUUUCGGCCUUUCAAAAAAGCAGAGACCCAAGAUACUGCCAUUAUUCUGGAUGUGCCACCAAAACUUCCCCCAAAGCAGCGUAAACACAAACAUGAUAUAUUUGGCUCCAGUUCUGAAAAUCUGGGGAAACUUGAGGGACCAAUAGAUAUUAAGUUACAAGAGAUGAAGAAAGCAAAACCUGCUUUACCACUUACUGGUCCAAAUGUGAAAAGACUUGGUCAGGACUACGAUAGAAGCUUAAAAAGUUCUGAUACCUCGACUCUGUCUGAAAACCAAAGGAAAGCUUCCCUCCGUCGUCAAGAUGGGAUGGAUGCAAAAGACCCCCCAGUGGCCCUGCCAAGGAAGUUCAUUCCCGCACAAGUUUCAUCAACAGAAAGCAAGACAGAUGAGCAAGGGAGUAAACAAAACCUAAAGGCAGGAGCUACAAUGCCUAGUGCGAGUGAAUCUCCAGCCAAAGACAGUAUUAAUAAUAAGGUGAAAAGUGAUUUUAAUGAUCUAAUCUAUACAAGGGAACAAAGUGCACAGGAAGUGAGAAGUCAAGCUGUCUAUCCUAGUGAUUUAAGGGAAGGCAACACGUUUCGUCCUGACUCUGCUCAAAAGCCUGGGCGGGUUGAUUCGUUCAGGAAAGCCAGAGAGGCGCCCAGGUCUCCCAGUAGGGCUACUGGGACUCCUGAGAUGAACAGGAAAGUGUUUCUGUCUGUCACGCAUGCCAUCAGAAAGUCGUACAGUUUGGAAAGGGGGUCGCCAAAGCCAGAAUUUGGAAAAGAAGAGGAGAAGGAAAAUGAAGCACUGAGAAUACCUCCGAGGGAAGUUCACACCCCAGACUCGGCUAGGGGAGUGAAGGUGGCAAUGCAAAUGCCGCCGUCGCCACGAACGCCCCCGCAAAGAAUUGUCUUUGAUGACUGGGGGGAAUAUUUUGAUGAUAUUACCCGAAGGCCUUACUACUAUAACAGCAGAACACGUGAGAAGAGAUGGAAACCCCCGCGUAAAGGAAUUCACUCAGUUGCUAUUCCAGAGGUACCUCCGCAUGCCAGGCAAGAGAACCGGGGAGGGAGUCUUGGCAGGGGGCAGACUAGGAGCCCCCCUAUCGACUACCCUGCAUCCCCCAAACUCUCCCAGAAGCCAAGGUCUUACGCCACCUUACCUGAGAGCGGUAGUGGGGGAUACCACGGCUUUGGCCACAUGUCCUCCCUGAUUCACACCUCUUCAUCCAGCCUGCAUGGUCACCACCACCCUCUGGCAACAUCACACACGCUUCCCAUACCCUCCCAGUUGUCCAGGAACAUCCUCCCUCCCCUGGUCCCCCCCAGCAGUGCCAAACCCAUAUUGCCAUGCACCCCCACCACCCCCACCACCCCAGAUGUCCCAGAUGACCAGAAUGCUGCCUUGCUGGACACGCUAGACAAACUGAGCCCGCCCAAAGGCUGGAGCAAGAAGUACGACAGCUUAAUGCAGAGGGUUUAUUUCUGUAAUCAGGUCACAGGAGAGAGACCUAAAAGAUUUUCAUGGGUGACCGAGGUGGACAUACCCAGUCUGGAGGACAAAGAAUACAUUUGCAAAAGUUACCAGAGCACUAUGGACUUGUCGAAGCAACUCCAGUAUGAAGUCCAGUCUCCCAGUCCAGUGGAAAGGCAGAUCAGUUCAGCAGAAUUACAGUGUGAGGGAGUGGGAGUCCAGGAUGCAGAGAGGCAGAAUGCAGCAGAAAAUGCAAAGGAUGCAAAUCCAGCUGAACAGAGGAAAUUAUCUGAGAGAAGAGACCCACCGCGGAAACCGCCUCGGAAGUCAAAGCUCUCUGUGCAGCCAUCACAUAAGCUUCCAAGAGACCCAGAUGUCAUAGCCAUAUCCUCGCCAACCCUCCCAAACAGUCCAGCUCGUAUCAUUAUGACGCCACCGGACACACCCUCAGUAGCAGAAGCUGGGCUAAGAAUGUCAACAUUUGGUCACAAUUCCAGCUUUUCCAGACCACGUGGACAUACCAGGAGUAAGUCAGAGAGUGUGAAACUAGACAAACCACCUGUAAGGGAAACUAGUGACCAGUCAUUGAAAGCUGAAAAACUGAAUUCAAAGCAAGACAGGCGAUCAAAGUCAAUCACAAAUCCAUUACUGAUUCCAAGCUCAAUCCGACCAAAAACUCCAACCCCACCAAGAUCUCCUGUCGGAUAUGUAGAGAGGGACCAGCAAAUGCGCGAUAAGUCUACCAGUCAUCUGAAGCUGGAUAAUAUCAAAGAGGGAACAGGCAGAAGUAAAGAGGAACCGAAGAAGGCGCUUGAUUCUCCUCAGCCAGACUCCCUCCUCCUGCGUAAUGCAAACACAGGCAGGGGAAAGAAGUAUUUAGAGUUGGACUAUAACCAGCCAAAAAGAAAGAGUGAAGGAAAUUUGUUAGAUGGAAACAUUAGUCCAGUUGCGAAAGACCAGUACGACCAAAUUGUGAAAGAACUUGCUUCCAGCAUGUGUAGAGUGCGAUUAAAUGACAACAGUUGCAAAAGUAGAGAUAAUAUUUCUCAGAAUAUAGAUGCCAGUAGCAGCCAGCUAAGAGAAGAUGUGUCUUUAAAAGUUCAUGCGGUAGAGGAAGGAGAUAACAACAAACCUCAUUCAUGUUUUUCUGCAAAAUCUCAGGUAAGGAAGUCCAUGUUCAUAAGUCAUGAUGAAGAGGACUCCAUACUAGAGGAUAAGCCACUCACCAGUGAGAGUGGUGAGGCGAGUGCCCGUGCAUUUGGCACUGAUGACGACACCCCUGGCCAGGGUGCCAGGCGAUUCUUCCCGCCGUCCCCCCGUUGCUUAAGUCCAGAUAAUGGCUCUGGGACACAUUCUGACAGGGAGGAAUCCACAUUUAGUGAUGAUACAGAGGGAUCGACGUCUACCCUUCCUUGUCUGGGGAUUGGAAGUGAUCACUACAAGGAAUUGAAGAGAUCUCUUGACUCUGAGAAGUGGCUCGCAACUAACAAUGAUGAUGGGAAGAUUUAUUACUAUGAGGAGAAUGGCAGUAAGAGUCAGUGGAAACUACCUGAGCUUGAUUCCUUUGAUGAGUUUGAUAUAAGGGAUGGCCAACAGACUUCAACUCUUGAGAGCCAGAGGGUCUCCUUAGUUACUGAAAACUUGGCUGAGCUAAGUAAGAACAUUGUCAAAGAAGGAUUCAUGCAGAGAACGUUCAUUUUGAAAGAGGGAAAGAAGGUGCGCAAAAAUUGGACCUCCUCCUAUGCUCGUUACAUUGUCAGUUCUUUCAAUUCUGGAUCACAAGGACUGAUACACUUCUCUAAGACGAAGGAUGAUGACAAGAAAGCUGAAAUAUUUGAUUUUAUUCCACCAUGUUCCCUUGACCUUUCCAAUGACAAGAAAACAAGCAGGCAGCAAGUCAUUGCUUUACGCAAUGGCCAAGACACAGAAGUGCUACUUCAGUUUGAAGAUCGAGACAUUGAAAAUGAAUGGCUCAAAGUUCUGGUUGAUCAUGAUGGGAUGCAGCAGAAUAUGGCUUCAGUGGCAGAGAAGGAGGAGAAGAAAGGGAAGAAAGGCUCAGAGAAGAUGAAACGGGCAGCCAGUAUCGAACAACUCGCUCCAGACAGCAAGGGCAUCACUGAUAAGUUGCUGAAUUUCAUCAAAAGACGGCCCCUGAAGGAGACUCUGGAAAAGAAGGGGAUUUAUAAAGAGGCUGUUUUUGGUAGCACGCUGUCGGAGUUACACUUACAAGACAAGACCACGAUACCAAUAUUUGUCCUCCAGUGUAUCAAUCACAUAGAAAAGUCUGUUGAGAAUCUCCGUGCUGAUGGCCUGUAUAGGAUAUCUGGUAACGCUGCUCAGAUCCAGAAAAUUCGAUAUGAGGUGGCUCAAAGGAACUAUACCAUCUUGAGCAGGGAGAAGGAAGUACAUAACCUGUCGGGGGCGCUCAAACUCUUCUUCAGGGAGCUCAAGGAACCCCUCAUUCCCUUUGCCAACUACCAGGACUUCAUUCAAGCAACAGGUUCUGAGUACCGAAAAAAGAAUCAACAGGUUGAAAAGUUAACGAAAGCAGUGCGGCAGCUUCCUGUGGAGAACUACGAUACCAUGAAAGUCUUGUUGCAGCAUUUGUUAAGAGUGAGCGAAUAUGAGAGCGAGAAUCGGAUGAGUAUAUCGAACUUGGCCAUUGUGUUCGGUCCAUGCCUACUCUGGCCGAAAAUCACCAAUGCUCAAGACCUCAUGACAGAUGUGAUGCUUCAUAAUCGCGUUAUCGAAGGACUUUUAUUAGAUUACCAAAAGAUAUUUUCUUCCAAAAGAUGAGAAACGGAGCGGAGAAGCCAUGAAUCACUCUUAGGUGCUAUUUUCUCUCCGUUGUUUUCUGCUCUUACCCCCCCCCCCCCAACCCCUUGGCUUUUGACUGGAAUGACCAAAUUAUUAGAAUACACGCAUUUUCAUCCACUCGCUAAAAGGAAUGUGGUGUGCGACAGAUCCAUUUCAAAAGACAACUGUACUCUAUGAUAUGCUUAGUCUGCUUUCUUAUAUAUACAUAUAUAUAUAUAUAUAUUGUACAUAAAAUCACUGUAAUUGUAAAUGUCCCGCUAUAAAACGUCAGCCCCUGCGUCCGUGUUGGGAUAUGGGACCGACUUUGGCUUCGUUCUUGGAUCCCCGUCAGAGGUAGUCACUUUGGGACCAUGUAUUUGAAUAUGGAAUUCAUGAUAUUUUGUAUGUACAUUUUCAUCUUAUUACACUGGUUACCACUUUCUGUAUAUGAUA